AUGGAGAUACUCGAACUAUUGAUCCGUGAGGUCAAAAAUUCUGAUGCCAGACUAGGCAUAGUCCCCAUAGUGGGGAUGGGUGGUGUUGGAAAGACAGCCUUGGCUCAACGGCUAUAUAAUGUUGCCAAAGUGAAUAGUUGUUUCGAGAAGAAAGCAUGGGUUUGUGUGUUAGAUGUUUUUGAUGUCCUUGACAUAACAAAGACUAUUUUGCGUUCGAUCAUUGGGUUGUCCAAUGAGGGCAAAGAUCUUAACGAGGUUCAAGUUAAGUUGAAUAAAAGUCUAUCCAUGAAGAAGUUUCUUGUGGUUUUAGACGACAUCUGGAAUGAGAAGUACAAAAAAUUGACUGCUCUCUUAAAGCCAUUUGAAGCGGGGGCUAGGGGAAGCAAGAUCAUGAUCACGACUCGCAACCUUGAAGUUGCUUCCAUAAUGGGAGCUUUGUUGUAUCAUUUGAGGGAAUUGUCCUUUGAUAAUUGUAAAAGCUUAUUGGCCUUUCAUGCUCUUGGAGCAACAAAUUUUUAG